GGCACAACCAGCUGGUUGAAACUUUCAGGCACCUUUUAGAGAAGUUGUUAAGGUUUUGUUUGAGGCUUUCUUUGGGUUUUUAAGCCCUCUCUGCCUCACGGAGAGACUUAAGUUCUUAGUUUGCUGAGAAGGAUUCUGAAGAGUUUUUCCUCUCCGGCUUCCGUUUUUCUUGAACCCACUCGGCUCAAUCAUGGUGAUGUUCAAGAAGAUCAAGUCUUUUGAGGUGGUCUUCAACGACCCUGAGAAGGUGUAUGGCAGCGGGGAGAAGGUGGCCGGCCGGGUGACAGUGGAAGUGUGUGAAGUUACCCGAGUCAAAGCCGUCAGGAUCCUGGCUUGCGGUGUGGCCAAGGUCCUGUGGAUGCAAGGGUCUCAGCAGUGCAAACAGACCUUGGACUACUUGCGCUAUGAAGACACCCUUCUCCUAGAAGACCAGCCUACAGGUGAGAACGAGAUGGUGAUCAUGAGACCAGGAAACAAAUAUGAGUACAAGUUCGGCUUUGAGCUUCCUCAAGGGCCCCUGGGAACAUCCUUCAAAGGGAAAUAUGGCUGUGUAGACUACUGGGUGAAGGCUUUUCUCGAUCGUCCCAGCCAGCCAACUCAAGAGGCAAAGAAAAACUUUGAAGUGAUGGAUCUAGUGGACGUCAAUACUCCUGACUUAAUGGCACCAGUGUCUGCCAAAAAGGAGAAGAAAGUUUCCUGCAUGUUCAUUCCUGAUGGACGCGUGUCAGUCUCCGCUCGAAUCGACAGAAAAGGAUUCUGUGAAGGUGAUGACAUUUCCAUCCACGCUGACUUUGAGAACACAUGUUCCCGAAUCGUGGUCCCCAAAGCAGCUAUUGUGGCCCGGCACACUUACCUUGCCAAUGGCCAGACCAAAGUGCUCACUCAGAAGCUGUCCUCAGUCAGAGGCAAUCACAUUAUCUCAGGGACUUGCGCAUCAUGGCGUGGCAAGAGUCUCCGAGUGCAGAAGAUCAGACCGUCCAUUCUGGGCUGCAACAUCCUCAGAGUUGAAUACUCCUUGCUGAUCUAUGUUAGUGUCCCUGGCUCCAAGAAAGUCAUCCUCGAUCUGCCCCUAGUGAUUGGCAGCAGGUCGGGCCUAAGCAGCCGGACAUCCAGCAUGGCUAGCCGGACAAGCUCUGAAAUGAGCUGGAUAGACCUAAACAUCCCAGACACCCCAGAAGCUCCACCUUGCUAUAUGGACGUGAUUCCUGAAGAUCACAGACUGGAGAGCCCCACCACCCCCCUGCUAGAUGAUGUGGAUGAUUCUCAAGACAGCCCUAUCUUUAUGUACGCCCCCGAGUUCCAGUUCAUGCCUCCGCCCACUUACACUGAGGUGGAUCCCUGCGUCCUUAACAACAACAACAACAACGUGCAGUGAGCCUUCAGGGACGACUCAUCUGUACUACUCAACGCUUUCUGCCUCUCUGCUUGAACUCCAAUGUUUCAGAGACUCAGUCUCUCCAGUGGGGAGUGGGUACACCCCCGCCUCUGACUCCACAGAUGGGUGGCAAUCAGUAGGCAAGUCUCCAGCCUCAAGGGGUGCAGACCAGUGCCCGCACCGUGAUAUAGGAGUGUUUGCUGGGUGAAUGUCGGAACGCUCAAAACAUUCAGACCUGGCCCACUUUCCCAGAUGUUGGAAAUGAAGAAGUUGUUAUUUUUUUGAGUCGGGGUCUAAGUGACCUUCAGGCAUGGUCUUUCCAAGGUGUUUUGUUUUGAAGGGAAUUAAAAGAACAGACCAUGAACUUCUGUGCCAUGGGGCAACAGAGCCAAUGUCACAUACUAGAAAAAGAGAAAUCAUGGCCAAUAUUUUGAAAGCGAGGAGUGUUUUUGUUUUUUAAAAUCAGUGUUCCCUUUUUAUAUCUUUACAAAGAAAAAAGACCUUCCACGGCUGGUGACCGUGCAGCCUGUGAAGUACGGGCAGCUGCUCCAAGUUGACUAACCGUGGGAGCGGUAGUGGCCGCACACACCAGCAGCCAGGUGCACUGCGUUCUCUUGCAAUCGGAUGGGAGAACCCGUUAUUUCCGUGUGACUCCUUAGAAUUGAUUCUAAGGUGAUGUUCUUGGCACUUUAGCUUGUCAAUUUUUAGUCUGGGUUAUAGAUGGAGGCUCUUAAGGGUUAAGCCCAGUGACAGGGAAAAGGAGUUAUUACUUUGGGAGGGUGGGGGUAGGGCCUCUAUCCCAGAACUCCAUAGACCAGGCUGGCCUCAAAGAUCCACCUGCCUCUCCUUCCUAACUGCUGAGAUUAAAGGCCCAGCUUGGUUAUUACUUUUGGAGGCUUUCCCCCAACACACAGACUUCUGUGAUUCUGACACUACUCCUAUGAAGGGUUGCUGCUGACAGCUGGACCCUGGUGACACUCUUACAUUGAGAUGCCCUAACACUGAUGGAGGCACAGUGAGAACUGCAGGUUUCCAUGGAAGCUCCCAGACCCAUUUCCUGUCCAGUGUUAGGAGAAAGUUCUGCUCUCGCCGUGGCCUCUAGCACUCCAAAACUUACUCCGCCUUAGCACUUUGUUCCGUGUCCUGUGUCAGAGCUCCAAGCUCCACUCUAAGCACUCCACCCGAGAACUGUGCAGCCAGAAAGUGUGAGCUGAUGGAGGUGUCGUCUUUGUUGUUUUUGUAUUUUGUGUAUCUUUUUGUAUGAUUAAAAACUAUAUUUUGUACUUAACCAAAUAUAUUUUCACCCCAAAGUGGGGCUAUCCUUUGUAAAAAAAAAAAAAAAUCAAAAUAAAGUUUUUUAAUGGCAAAAA